AUGGGAGGAGCUCUAUUUAGAACAUGUGGAGCUCAGGACAAUAACAUUAUAACACACAAACCCUUAGUAAAUGUUGAUGACUCUCCAAAUCUUUCCUCAACAACACCCUUAAAACAACAACGAAAAUCUAUUGUUGAUUCUAGGACAUCCCUCCUAAAAUCAUCUCUUUCAUCUCCUUCUAAACUUUCAAUAGGGCACUCUACUCACAAACAUGACCCUGACCUAAAUCCUCUUGUAAAUAAGACCUCCAGGCAUGAUAGGCAUCUUGCAGCAAUAGCUGCAAUUGCAAAUAGCACCGAAAUGAUCUCUAACACCUAUCCUCAAAUGAAUGAUGAAGUGCUAUCAUUCUCUCAAUCAAAACAACCGGUUUUGAGAAAGGGAAGAACCCUUUCUAUUCUUUCCUCUUCAGUAACUACAGAAACUCUGAAGGAUGUAUCUCCUCUACUCAACGAGACUACAACAAUAGAAUUGAAUCCAGGAAAUAGUUGUUCAAACCAUCCAAUUUCACAACCAAUUCAAAUAGUUGCAAUUAAUCCUAAUUUCACCAAUCCUUCUGAUGUUUCAAGCAAUACUAGUGGUGGUGGUACAGGUGGCGGAGGAAAAAUAAGAGUUGUAAAUUUGACAGACACAGAAGAUACUCUAACUGAGGAUGGAUAUGUUUAUUACGGAACUCUUAAUGACAAGUUUAAAAAUUUUAGGGCAUCACUAACAAACUCUCAUUCCUUUACAUUAUCAUCAAGUAUUAAUAGGCAAUCAAUGGGCUCUCUAAAGAGAGGAACCACUCCAACACCCGUUUCGGCUGGCUUGACAAUGUUUGUUAAUAAUCAUGAAACUCCUGAUGAAGAAGGGUUAGACUUUUCCUCAAUAAGUACAUCUUCCCUUGUGAGUGAUGCUGAAAAUGAUAUUUGUAACUUUGUUCCGUCUUCCUCCUCAAACUCUACAUCAGGAACAAGUGACACACCUCUUUUUGAACCUCAAUCAUCUCAAGAACUUCCAAUGUUUAAUAGAAAAAGUGUUGAUCUAAGGACAUCCCAGAAAUCUGAUACUGUAAGGUCUUCAACUGGAAAAAGAAUACCACUAAGUAAGAGAUAUGGUACAGUUACUGAUUUAAAUCAGGCGAUCAUGGAAGAAGAGCAACAUAUUAGAUCUAUUUCUGUUACACAUUCUCUAUCUUUAAAAUCAAAACUGAACAAGCUACAAAAAGAAGUACAAACAGUUUCUCAACUCAAUCACUCAAUGAACGAAGAUGCCUCUCUCAAAUCUCUAAAAGAUUCAUCCAACAUAUCCUCUAAGCGAACAACAACUCCCAACAAAAAUAAUAGAAGAAAAGCAAUGACUCCAAAUCCAGAAUCUAAACGAAUUCCAAUGACUGAUGAAAAACCGAUGGUCAUGAGUAUGAGUUUAACUAAUUUAUUCUCCAAUACAAAAUCAGUUUCCUGUUCUCCUGAGAUCAGUCUAUCUCCUUCUUUAGACAAUCCCAGGGACUCAUUCAAGAAAAGAUCAAUGUUUUAUAACAGCACUCAAAACUUUUGGAAUGAGAACCAUUCCAAUGACACAUUCAAAGAACCCUCUGUCAAAAAGUCCCUUGAUCAUUUUAACUCUAAUGUUAGGUCAUCCGUUUCAAUGAUAACUACUGGCCCAAUAAGACCAACUCUCCCUUCAAUAGGAAAAAAGAAAGAACUUCCCCUAAUAAUUGAUACUUUAACUAACAGGAUUACAACGUCAUCACCCACCCAAUUAAGUGUUUUCAAAUCAUUCAAUAAUGAAACACCAGAGAGAUCGACCGCUCCUACCACAGAUACCAAUGUUGGAAAUUUAGAAGUGAAAAUAAUAAUAGAAUCACCAAAUGAAUCACCCUCUCUACAACCAAAUAGAAAAGCUCCUCUUACAUUAAAACAAUUGAAAAAACAACGUCUUCAACAAUUAAAAGAAAAGAAGGAAACAGAGGAAAGAAUGAUGGAAUCUUUGAUGGAAGAACAAUCUGAAAUUAACAACUACCUCAAAGCAAUAUACAACCAUGAAUAUUACGACAUUUCAUAA